GGUAACACCGGGCAGUAAGGCAGCACAGGGGGACCUGUGUCCUGGAGACACUAUCCUGGCCAUCAAUGGGGACAGCACAGAGACCAUGACACACAUGGAGGCCCAGAACAGGAUCAAGGCCUGCAUGGGGGAGCUCACACUGGCCAUCAGCAGGUACGUCUACAUGGCACUGUCUGAGUCCCAAAUGGCACCCUACCCUACCACCUACAUAGCUCUGGUCAAAAGUGGUGCAUUAUAUAGGGAAUAGGGUGCUAUUUGGUAACGCAGCCUUCAGACACUAUACUGACCUCAAAACGAUCGUCUCCUAAAGUUGUUUUUUAGAGGGUUAACCAGACAGCAUUGACAAGGUCUUAAUUGGAAUGAAUGAAUAAAUUAAUGAUACAGUACAUUAGAUUUAAUUGUCCGAUGCAGCCAUAUAUUGCUCUUUUCAGUCACAUGGAAGCCAGUCAAAGUGAUCAAUUCUCUACCCCCCACAGAGCACUCUUGCAUCACAUUCAUUAAGGCGUACACAUUGUGGCACAGCAUGGCCUCUGAAAUGGACCAUUGGAUUGAUAUUGUAUAUUCAUCCUAUCAUGAUGGGUGAAACGUGUCUUUCCACUGCUUACACCGAUGUAUACUUCUUAGUUCAGGACCAUUUGGGAUGAGUCAUUUGGUGUUGGGAAGGACAGGAGCAACAUGUUGUAAUGCAAUAUAGUUAUCUAAUCUCUAAUCCAAAGAAAAUCGUCAGGCUAAACAGCCAUUUGGAACGGAAAACUCAGUAAUGGGGAUAAAGCAGAGUGGAAGAUUAUAUAACCCAAUGGCGGGUUUGAAAUUCUCAGAUGUGAAGAGUAGCUGGCUACUGCGGUUUGGGAUGACAACAGAUCCAGGAUGAAAAUGUCCUCCUCCUGAGUAGUAAAGUGAAGCGUAGGCCCAGAAUUGUACUACGCUUCAGCCUGGAGAAUGCAAUGGAAAGGAGAAUCAGCCUAAAUUCCACAUCCAUGGGUAACCUGAUCCAUCAAAUGAGCAGAAGUCAUGGAGUUGUUUGAGCUCAAUGUUUUAUCCUGUCAGAAGAAACUUUCCACUUUCGUGUGUAGAAUGUGCUUUCCCCGAAACGCUCCGGCCUCUGAGAACCGGUCCAUUUAUCAUACUGAGCGUUAAGCGCUAUAUCCACAUAGGAGUAGUAAAUGUACAGUUGAAGUCGGAAGUUUACAUACGCUUAGGUUGGAGUCAUUAACUUGUUUUUCAACCACUCCACAAAUUUAUUUUUAACAAACUAUAGUUUUGGCAAUGACACAAGUCAUUUCUCCAAUAAUUGUUUACAGACAGAUUAUUUCACUUAUAAUUCACUGUAUCACAAUCCCAGUGGGUCAGAAGUUUACAUACACUAAGUUGACUGUGCCUUUAAACAGAUUGGAAAAUUCCAGAAAAUUAUGUCAUGGCUUUAGAAGCUUCUGAUAGGCUAAUUGACAUCAUUUGAGUCAAUUGGAGGUGUACCUGUGGAUGUAUUUCAAGGCCUACCUUCAAACUCAGUGCCUCUGCUUGACACCUUGGGAAAAUCAAAAGAAAUCAGCCAAGACCUCAGGAAAAAAAAUUGUAGACCUCCACAAGUCUGGUUCAUCCUUGGGCGCAAUUUCCAAACGCCUGAAGGUACCACGUUCAUCUGUACAAACAAUAGUAUGCAAGUAUAAACACCAUGGGACCACACAGCCAUCAUACCGCUCAGGAAGGAGACGCGUUCUGUCUCCUAGAGAUUAACGUACUUUGGUGUGAAAAGUGCAAAUCAAUCCCAGAACAACAGCAAAGGACCUUGUGAAGAUGCUGGAGGAAACGGGUACAAAAGUAUCUAUAUCUACAGUAAAACGAGUCCUAUAUCGACAUAACCUGAAUGGCCGCUCAGCAAGGAAGAAGCCACUGCUCCAUAACUGCCAUACAAAAGCCAGACUAUGGUUUGCAACUGUACAUGGGGUCAAGGAUCAUACUUUUUGGAGAAAUGUCCUCUGGUCUGAUGAAACAAAAAUAUAACUGUUUGGCCAUAAUGACCAUCGUUAUGUUUGGAGGAAAAAGGGGGUAGCUUGCAAGCCGAAGAACACCAUCCCAACCGUGAAGAACGGUGGUGGCAGCAUCAUGCUGUGGGGUGCUUUGCUGCAGGAGGGACUGGUGCAUUUCACAAAAUAGAUGGCAUCAUGAGGAAGGAAAAUUGUGGAUAUAUUGAAGCAACAUCUCAAGAUAUCAGUCAGGAAGUUAAAGCUUGGUCGCAAAUGGGUCUUCCAAAUGGGCAAUGACCCCAAGCGUACUUCCAAUGUUGUGAUAAAAUGGCUUAAGGACAGCAAAGUCAAGGUAUUAGACUGGCCAUCACAAAGCCCUGACCUCAAUCCUAUAGAACAUUUGUGGGCAGAACUGAAAAAGCGUGUGCGAGCGACUUACAAAUUGGUGAAUUCACCUUAUUAUAGCCAGUGGGACAACCACUUUACAAUUAUUAUUUUUCAAUAAAAAAAAUUGAGUAUUUUUAAUCGUCAUUUUUUAAAAUUUUAUAUAUAUAUUUUUCUGAGGGGGGGAGAAGGAUUACUUUUAUACUAUCCAGGUAUUCCUUGAAGAGGUAGGGUUUCAAGUGUCACCGGAAGGUGGUCAGUGACUCCGCUGUCCUGGUGUCGUGAGGGAGCUUGUUCCACCAUUGGGGUGCCAGAGCAGCGAACAGUUUUGACUGGGCUGAGCGGGAACUGUGCUUCUGCAGAGGUAGGGGGACCAGCAGGCCAGAGGUGGAAGAACGCAAUGCCCUCGUUUGGGUGUAUGGAAUGAUCAGAGCCUGAAGGUAAGGAGGUGCCGUUCCCCUCACAGCUCCGUAGGCAAGCACCAUGGUCUUGUAGCAGAUGCGAGCUUCAACUGGAAGCCAGUGGAGUGUGCGGAGGAGCGGGGUGACGUGAGAGAACUUGGGAAGGUUGAACACCAGACAGGCUGCAGCGUUCUGGAUGAGUUGUAGGGGUUUAAUAGCACAGGCAGGGAUAUGGGCCAAAAUUCACCCAACUUAUGUGGGAAGCUUGUGGAAGGCUACCUGACACGUUUGACCCAAGUUAAACAAUUUAAAGGCAAUGCUACUAAAUACUAAUUGAGGGUAUGUAAACUUCUGACCCACUGGGAAGGUGAUGAAAGAAAUAAAAGCUGAAAUAAAUCAUUCUCUCUACUAUUAUUCUGACAUUUCACAUUAAAAUAAAGUGGUGAUCCUAACUGACCUAAGACAGGGAAUUUCUACUAGGAUUAAAUGUCAGGAAUUGUGAAAAACUGUGUUUAAAUGUAUUUGGCUAAGGUGUAUGUAAACUUCCGACUUUAUCUGUAUUUAAGGAUAAUCAAGGUUGAGUUCAUUGCGAUCUCAAGUGGGAACUGAAAGGCCCACAGCUGUAGGAAAGCUCACCUUGUAGCUUUCUAUGUCGAGUACACAUUAAAAGCGUGAAAGUACCUUUUUUGGGGAUAUUUAAUCAAAAGCAAUAUCAAUCAAACAUAUAUAUUUAUUUUAUUAGCCUCUACUCCAUAAAAUGCAUGCUCUUUUCAAUUAGUCAGGAGCAUGAGCAAAUUAUUUGGGGAAACCAUAACUGGAUGUUAGAGAUGAAAUGCUAACCAACCACUCCUGCAGGACAAAAUAAGUGAAUGCUGUUUCACAUUCAUCCAUCUUUUCUAUUCUCCACGGCUUAAUGAGAACAUUCAAAAGGCAGGUCACAUGACCGUAUGGUGAACACAGCAGCACAACGCCCCGGUAUCUACUGGUAUGUGACCUUUUUCACUACACCAUUGAGUAAUUUAUGUUGGCCUGGGCUGCUGACUCCAUGGAUGGUGUGUUGUACCGAUAACUAUGCACCCUUUGCCCCAGGUGAAAUGAGCUGCUAGCAUACAUGUGCAGUGCGUUUCAGUGAGCGGUACGGAACUGGUGGAAUUGUGGAGGCGGGGACAAUCCACGUGGGCAUAAGAAUUGUUAUUUUACUGCACAGAUUUUUGUUGUGUGUAUGACUGGAAAUUCAAUUACAUAGACUGCAUGCAUAGUGUAGUUGAGCAUUUAGAUUUCUCUCUUAUACGCAGAGGAUAUAGGGCACUUCAAGUCCCUCACUUUAUGUCAUGCGUUUUACAUAUUUUACCUGCAUUUAAAGGUACAUUCCUUUCACACUUACAGUAAGCACAAGGGAGGGGAUAUUUUGGAGGGCUUAUUAUGGAUAAUGCUCACUUUAUUGAUUUCUUAACAACAGGAAUUCUGUGUUGUAUGACAAAAUCAAAUGUAUUUGUCAUAUGCGCCGAAUACAACAGCUGUAGGCAUUACUGUGAAAUGCUUACUUACUGUAUGAGCCCUUUCCCAACAAUGCAGAGUUUAAAAGUAAGACAAAUGUGCUAAAUGAAAAGGAAAUGGUAACAAUGUAAAAUGGCAAUAAUGAGACUAUAUACAAGUUCUUAAAAUCACCAUUGGCCUCAUGGUGAAAUCCCUGAGCGGUUUCCUUCCUCUCCGGCAACUGAGUUAGGAAUGGUGCCUGUAUCUUUGUAGUGACUGGGUGUAUUGAUACACCAUCAAAAGUGUAAUUAAUAACUUGGAUAUUCAAUGUCUAUUUAUUUUAAAAACUGUUACCCAUGUACCAAUAGGUGCCCUUUGCAAGGCAUUGGGGAAACCUCCCUGGUCUUUAUAGUUGAAUCUGUUUGAAAUUCACUGCUCGACUGCAGUACCAUACAAUUAUCUGUAUGUGUGGGGUACAGAGAUGAGGUAGUCAUUCAAAAAUCAUGUUAAAUAAUAUUAUUGCACAGUGAGUCCAUGCAACUUAUGUGACUUAAACAUAGUUUUACUCCUGAACUUAUUUAGGCUUGCCAUAACAAAGGGGUUAAAUACUUAUUGACUCCAGACUUUUCAGCAUUUAAUUUUGUAUUAAUUUGUAAAAAUUGUAGGAAAACAUAAUUCCACUAACAUUGUGUGUGGGGGUGGGCGGGCUGGCCGGGCCAGUGGGGGGGGGGAAAAAAAGAAAAAACCAAACACAGGCUGUAACACAACACAAUGUGGAGAAAGUCAAAGGGUGUGUAGACCCUUUCUGAAGGCAUGUUGGGGUGAAAGUGACUAGUCAAUCACAAUGGAUAAUAAACAGAGUAGCAGCAGCGUAUGUGAAGAUUGUGUGUGUGGUGUGGGUAGAGUCCAGUGAGUGUGCAUAGUCAAUGGAAAGAUUUUUAAACAAAAGAAAUAACUACAUACCAUUUACAAAAAAAGGCCUCAAUGCAAAUUGUUUGGGUAGCCAUUUGAUUAACUGUUCAGCAGUCUUAUGGCUUGGGGGUAGAAGUUUAAGGAGCCUUUUUGGUCCCAUACUUGGUGCUCUGGUACUGCUUACCAUGUGGUAGUAGAGAGAACAGUCUAUGACUUAAGUUAUGUUUCCUGGGGAGACGGAAGUAUUGAACUUGUGCAACCAAAAUGUAAGAUGUAUUUUUGUUUGGAAUGACCAGAAGAGGCGGAGGCCAAGUUGGCUUACCCAGAAAAUAAUAUUUUUGAGAACAACAGACCAAGCCCUCAUUAAAAGACUGCUAUAAAGGACUCAACUGUCAGGCUGGAGAAGCCUGUAAUUUUCUGGUGCUGCUGUUGGAUAAAAAUAUGAGCGUACACUUCUGCUUGUGAACCAAAAUGACAUUGGUUGCAGCGAAGCUUGAGGCACUUAAGUACAAGAAUGUCUUAGUUAUGCCUCUGAAUUCAUUACUUUCAUGACCUUUUCAUUUUUUUAUUAGAAAGACACUGCCUCUGAAUCAAGAAAUGGUGUUAUUAAUAUAUUUGUCACUCAGCAGUUGGAAGGAAAGCGAAACGAAGCAACAGGCCAGGGUCCGGUUUCCCAAAAGCAUCUUAAGGAUAAAUUCAUCGUUGGAACCGUCAUAGGAGCGUCGUUAAAUCUCUGAGCUGUUUCCAAAAACCACCGUUAUUAAUGUUGCACUUAAACGCUCGUAAUCUAGUGCCUGCCUCAGACCACUCGUAGAACAGCGAAGUGCGUCGUUGGAUGUUUUUUAUUAUUUAAAUCUCAGUUAAACAGAAUCGCAUGGUGUAUCUGUCUAUGACGUCGAUGACUCCAGAACAAAGUUGACUACAAAGUUGCCAAUGUCUUUGCAAUUGAUACAAAAAAGCAACGUAAACGGUAAGCUAUAGGCCUAUUUCAAUCAUUAUUGAAAUACAUUUAAUGGGUGAGCAUUAGAAUAAGCUACCUCAAUAUUUGCAGCCGUAGGUGGUAAUAUCUCUCUCUAGGAGCUGAUCCGUCAGUAUUGUGAAAGUUCUAAUGUGAAGGAAAGAUUUGAAUGGACAAAGCUGCACUCCCUUUCUUUCGAUCCUAUCAGUAUCGACACAUGCUCCAACAACGCACUUAGCGACCAUUCUUUCUGCGUAGUGUUUUGGGAAACGCAUGUUACAUCUUCGGCCGUUUUGUAGGAAAGAUGCGUUGUUAAAACACCCUAAGUUCCAUCCUGAAACCGAGCCCAGCUUUAGUAGCGCUUGACAGAGUCACCACUUCAACCCAUCGAACCUCGCUGCUCCAUUUCCAGCCCCUGAUAUGCUCUCUCAAUACUGUGCUGUGAGGUAAAAUGGCUCUGCUAGUUCGGCAUUUCUGGCAGCCUGAUCAAAAGGUGUCUCUCGCAGCGAGACUAGCCGUUACUAAACAGGCCCUGCUCCAAGUUCACUGUGGUGUCAGCACCGGGCGGACAGAAACCUGGCAGGUCAGGGCGGUAUUGAAACAUGUCAUGUCUCCCUUAGCUGGACUGUAUAUCUUCAGCCUAUUGAGCCUCCAUGAAGACACGGACCAGCUGUGGCAAAUCUCACCUCCCAACCCCCGAAGUCAUAGACCUGAGGGGGGAGAGAGACUGGGAGGGGAGCGGGAGACCGAGAGGGGUACGGAGAUGGAGAGAGGGUGAGAGCGAAACAAAAAGUAAGCGGGAGAGGAAGUUAUGCCGCCGCUGUCUGACUGCCUGGACAAUGAGUCAGAGCUGUGGAAUUAUGAAUGGUACAGGGAUUUGAAGCGCAGUACUCCUGCUGGGGGGAAGAGGUACAGAGAACAGCCAAAGAGAGGGGAAAAGCCCUCCCCGGUCAUCCCAGGGCACUUCUGUUGCAGUCGUAAAUGCCACAUCAAGUGAGCCGGUGGAGUCAGGAGGGGAGACUACAGCCCUGCUGCUGCCAUUUUUAUUUGUCAUCUCCCAGUCCAGGAAUCUACUAAGUGUCCCCCAGGUCUGGUGAGAAGACUCCAUAUGUGUGGUUUUAACCACUGUCUCCAAGAUCAGAGGCUACAUUUGAUCUCGUUACAUGUUACACUGAUUACGAAGUAGCAGCGUGAUGGUUUUGAUUUAGAACGGGGUAAUAUCAAAAGAGUGGUUUCAUUGGGAUCAAGAGGAGUCCAGAUGCAUUUGAUAACAACAGGAAGGCCUCGAUCUGAACUGGAGGUAAUGCUAUUGAUCAGCAUAUUGUUCUGAGGGUAGCUUCUCCCCUCUAGUCAAUGCGGCAUGGAAUCUCCUCACUGCCAAAAUAAACCAUCCACAUACACCGCCUCAAAACCAUAUCAGGAAAUGUAAACCGGCAGAGCAGGUCAGAGGGAAAUCUGACCAAAGGGAAAGUUUGUUGAAAGUCAGAAUGAUAACCUGAGACUGGGCCAUUUCAUUUCAGAGACUUCUAUCGCCUUUGUAUACACAUUUAUGAGCAAGGGGAUAUGGGGAAGGAUUUUGCAUUUGACCUGGAAUCAAAUCGGGCUCAGACCCUAUACAGUUGGUUGCGAAUCUGAAAUGGAAUCAGGCUCUGAAGAUCUUCCCUAUACAGUACAUGUCACCAGUUGUCUCCCUGUUGGAUCAUUGGCACUGGAAGCCAGUGAGGAGAGCGUAGAUGGCUGUCGGUUGUCGGAGCUGUGCACUAAUCUCCACUAAUCCCCCACACACUGAUUCAAUAUCGGAGCUAAACUGGAUCACGGAAAACGAUAUGCUCCAUUGUCCUAUUGGUGUGUAUCGCAAUGUCUGCUGCCUACUCCAUCGGCCUCCUUCUCUGCCUCUCUGUUUCCACUCGUACGUCUUAUGUCCUCCUCGCUGCUUUCUGACCAUGUUCUAUGGUUCUUUGUAUUUAAGCGAAUGGAAUUUAAUUUGCCACUAAUUGACUUGCUCAAUAGAGCAUUCAUAUGUAUCCAAGGAAACAAACAUCCUGUGAUAUAUAAAGUCUUGAUAUAAGUAGUGGGAGGGUCGGAUCAUCCCACGCAGUCUGCAGCUCAUCCAUCAAACACUUGCCCAUAAAGCAGUCUUGAUACGAACACCUCUGCUCAUUUUUGAGGCAUUGCCUCAUCCGGCCGCAGCAAUUCCAGCUGAAUCCAGAGUGACCUCAUCCUCCAGUCGUGAAGUUUACACCAGUGGAGAACUCAGAGGCAUCAUUGUUUUCUCCUGCCCCAGAGUCCUGCCUGCGUCUACGUACGUAGGUGUGAAUGAAUGACUGACUUACUGACUGACCAGGGGAAGGGACUGAGUGGAGGGAAAAUCGUCUUUGUUCCUCUACAUACACACACUGCCCUCUGCUCCCUCGCUGGGGCCGGUGUGAUGACAUGGCAUUGGCCUUUUGGUGGCUGCCCACAUAACAGCAAAUAGUCAAACAACGGGACCCCUGACAUGUUUGGAAAACGGUUCAGGAAUUCCAAAAAGCAUUACUCACUCCUCCCUCAAGUCUUUUACUACCCCCUCAACAGUGUGCCAUUAAACGCUAUAUAAUACCAUGCCAAUUGGAUUACACAUUUUUAUUACCAUAUGGUUUUAUGGGAAGUUCUAAAUCUUGCUGAAGCAAUUCUCUGUCUGGGACGUGUAGCACAGGGCAUGUAGACUAGCCUAUUGUUUUAACAUAGGACAAAAGUACAAUACCGUAUAAGAACAGCAACAGAUUCUAUAUUUAGUACAUAAAUGGGCCUAGCCAUGAUAGGAAAAAAUCUCUUUGAUGAAUGAAGGACAAUGUGGUUUAUUGUCGUCGGACACAGCGAGCAGACAAUCCUUAUUUGACCCCUUGCCAUCCUAUUGUUUCUGUUCACCUGGAUGGCUGUCUUAACAUGUUGAGCUAAUCUAAUAACAAGAUGUACUGUGAGAUUAGGCUACCUGUGCCUGAGGCUUGGCCAGGUCGCAGUUGUAAAUGAGAACUUGUUCUCAACUGGCUUACCUGGUUAAAUAAAGGUAAAAUAAAAUCGUGUUAGAAAAAAAUACUGCAUACAGCCAUCACUGUCUAUGAAGGCAAGGUGAAGAUUGGUGUGCACAGAUAUUAAGUGUCUCUCUAGGCCUGGUUCAGUCCGAUAGUACUGUAGGUAAUCACCAACUAUUUAAAAAACACUUUUUUGUCAUUUAGCAGAUGCUGUUAUCCAGAGCGACUUACAGGAUCUUAAAAUGAUUUAUUAUUACUACUAUAUUGAGUGGUACUGAAGUUAAUAAAACAGGAAUCAUUGUGUGUUUUGUUAAGGGUUGGGAGUUCAUGCCAUAGUUCUGCUGAUCUGCAGUAGUGAUGACUAUCAUUAAAGUGUACUGGAAUGUGGUCAUCUUCAGCUGCCAGUGUUAUGCCUGCCAAACAAAAACGCAUGACAUUGCUACUGUGUAAAAUGAAGACGUUAAGCUUAUUUUGGCGCGCAGUGAACAAUUUCAUCACAUGGAGUACGCCGCUAAUAUUCUGCAGUGGUUAGUGGUAUUUAAUAUGAAAGUUCAAGUAAUGUUUUUUUUGCUAACUUAACUGUGUUCUGGUGUAUGUGACUUGAAUUUCGUCCCUUUUUAAUUCCACACUAACAUGUCAAGCAUAUAAUGUCAUUUUUAAGAGCAUCUUCUUAGUGACUGCUGUGAGCAAAUAACCUGUGAACACAUUGAUAGGAGCAGAUAUAACCUCUUUAAAAGCCCCUGAGCGUUUUAUAGAUAGAUAAACAAUGACUAAUGUAGCGCUCUCUUCCCUGGGUAUUGUCUUUCAGGUCUGAAGACAAAGUCUUGUCUCCAACUGUUAUUGAAGAUGGCAAGACAAGUCCAUUCAUGGCUACAUUGGAGUCUGAGUCCACACAGGUAUGAGCUGCACUUGUUUACAUGCAAAUAUGAGUCAUGGAUAAGAUUAUAUAGAUUAUCUACUGAUAAACUGCUGUUUCUCACAUGAUUAAAAAGAGAGCAAGUGUUCCUCUGUCAGUUGGAAAGUAUUGAAAUAGGGCCUCAAUUGUUCUGAAACUAAUUCUGACAUGCGUACUCAUGCAAGCCAAGCCCUUGCCGUUGAACUUUGCAGAGUUUUCCGAUACUGACCAGAGAGUGUGUGACGCAAAGUGUAAGCAGAACGAGCAGACAAUGCGUGUAUUGUGGCUGGGACAUCUGAGAAAUGACCAUUCCUCUUUUAUUGUGGCCGUUGGUUGUCAUGUUGGGCGUUUUCCCAUGUCCCAGUUGUUUCAGUGGGGCGAUCGCUGUCAACUGGGCUAAAUGGUCACACAAAGGCCUGAAAUGAAAUGCGUCGGUCAUCUCAUCAAUUGAAGGUUGACACUAUACACAGCAGACCGAUACAUAUAUUGAGGUCCACUUCAGUAGGCAGGCUGGUGGACAUUUUGAAUGAAAGAGAUGUAUGAAAUGAAAUAAUUUACUUGCUCUGUAUUGUAGCUAUCACUGGAGGUGAAUGGGACAGGGAUGUUUUUGUCUAUGUAGCUGAGCCUGAGUUUACAUUAGUCUUUUUUUCUGGGGGGUUUGUCUUCAGAAAUUCUGACAUUUUAUUGAUUUAAUACAUGUCAUCCAUUACUAAGUCAAAGCCACUGAUCCUAACUCUAAAUAUUUAAAAUGGUCUUGGGGUACAUGGUUGAUAUACUAUUUUUGUAAGCAUGGUAGUAAUAACAUAUACAUCUGCCUAGUGAUAAAGGAGGUGAAAGACCUCCCUAUUCCAGCCUUCAGGCAAUCCAAGGAGACGGGCAGAUUUCCUGAGAAGGGGUCCUGGGGAUUAGGACCUUUUUUGUAUUUCACCAUCUCAACACGAGCUGAAGUCUUGUCUUGAUUAAUGCGAGGAAAUACCAGACCUGAACUAGGGGGAACGAUCAAAAAACUCUGUAUAUAAACAGAGUCAUGCAUGCUAGCAGUACCUCUGUGUGUUUGUAAUCAAAGAAGGCUGCUCUCUCUAUCUCCUGGAAAAGUUAGAGGUUUGGAAACCUUGUAUCCACUCUCUACUGAAAGACUGCCGUCUCCUUUUAAUAGAGUUAAGGUUGAGUUGGAAACGGCAAAGUGAGUACCAUUUGGCUGCAUUUGCUUCAGGUGGAGGGAAAUGGUUGGUUUGUCACUUGCGUUAGGCUAAAUGAAUGACCCUGGUCAUUUCCUGCUACAGGCUAGUAUAAUGUAAUAUACCUUAAAAGCGGUUACCAGCAUCGAACAAUGCUGAUUGUUCUCCAGACACAUCAAAUCAAAUUUUAUUUGUCACAUGCGCCGAAUACAACAGGUGUAGACCUUACCGUGAAAUGCUUACUUAGAAGCCCUUAACCAACAAUGCAGUUCAAGAGAUGGAGUUAAGAAAAUAUUUUAAAUAAACACAAGAAAAUUGCAUAACAAUAACGAGGCUAUAUACAGGGGGUACCGGUACCGAGUCAAUGUGCGGGGGUUCAGGUUAGUCGAGGUCAUUUCUAAAGUGACUGUGUAGAUAAACAGUGAGAAUAAGCAGUAUAAAUACAAAGGGGCGGGUCAAUGUAAAUAGUCCGGGUGGCCAUUUUGAUUAAUUGUUCAGCAGUCUUAUGGCUUGGGGGUAGAAGCUGUUAAGGAGCCUUUUGGUCCUAGACUUGUUGCUCCGGUAACAAAUCAAAUCAAAUUUUAUUAGCCAGAUGCGCCGGAUACAACAGGUGCAGACAUUACAGUGAAAUGCUUACUUACAGCCCUUAACCAACAGUGCAUUUAUUUUUAAUAAAAAAGUAGAAUAAAACAACAAAGUGUUGAGGAAAAAAAGAGCAGAAGUAAAAUUAAAAUAAUAGUAGGGAGGCUAUAUAUAUAUAUAUAUAUAUAUAUAUAUAUAUAUAUAUAUAUAUAUAUAUAUAUAUACACACACACACAGUGGGGAAAAAAUGUAUUUAGUCAGCCACCAAUUGUGCAAGUUCUCCCACUUAAAAAGAUGAGAGAGGCCUGUCAUUUUCAUCAUAGGUACACGUCAACUAUGACGGACAAAAUGAGGAGAAAAAAAUCCAGAAAAUCACAUUGUAGGAUUUUUUAUCAAUUUAUUUGCAAAUUAUGAUGGAAAAUAAGUAUUUGGUCACCUACAAACAAGCAAGAUUUCUGGCUCUCACAGACCUGUAACUUCUUCUUUAAGAGGCUCCUCUGUCCUCCACUCGUUACCUGUAUUAAUGGCACCUGUUUGAACUUGUUAUCAGUAUAAAAGACACCUGUCCACAACCUCAAACAGUCACCCUCCAAACUCCACUAUGGCCAAGACCAAAGAGCUGUCAAAGGACACCAGAAACAAAAUUGUAGACCUGCACCAGGCUGGGAAGACUGAAUCUGCAAUAGGUAAGCAGCUUGGUUUGAAGAAAUCAACUGUGGGAGCAAUUAUUAGGAAAUGGAAGACAUACAAGACCACUGAUAAUCUCCCUCGAUCUGGGGCUCCACGCAAGAUCUCACCCCGUGGGGUCAAAAUGAUCACAAGAACGGUGAGCAAAAAUCCAAGAACCACACGGGGGGUACCUAGUGAAUGACCUGCAGAGAGCUGGGACCAAAGUAACAAAGCCUACCAUCAGUAACACACUACGCCGCCAGGGACUCAAAUCCUGCAGUGCGAGAUGUGUCCCCCUGCUUAAGCCAGUACAUGUCCAGGCCCGUCUGAAGUUUGCUAGAGUGCAUUUGAAUGAUCCAGAAGAGGAUUGGGAGAAUGUCAUAUGGUCAGAUGAAACCAAAAUAUAACUUUUUGGUAAAAACUCAACUCGUCGUGUUUGGAGGACAAAUAAUGCUGAGUUGCAUCCAAAGAACACCAUACCUACUGUGAAGCAUGGGGGUGGAAACAUCAUGCUUUGGGGCUGUUUUUCUGCAAAGGGACCAGGACGACUGAUCCGUGUAAAGGAAAUAAUGAAUGGAGCCAUGUAUCAAGAGAUUUUGAGUGAAAACCUCCUUCCAUCAGCAAGGGCAUUGAAGAUGAAAUGUGGCUGGGUCUUUCAGCAUGACAAUGAUCCCAAACACACCGCCCGGGCAACGAAGGAGUGGCUUCGUAAGAAUCAUUUCAAGGUCCUGGAGUGGCGUAGCCAGUCUCCAGAUCUCAACCCCAUAGAACAUCUUUGGAGGGAGUUGAAAGUCCGUGUUGCCCAGCGACAGCCCCAAAACAUCACUGCUCUAGAGGAGAUCUGCAUGGAGGAAUGGGCCAAAAAACCAGCAACAGUGUGUGAAAACCUUGUGAAGACUUACAGAAAACGUUUGACCUGUGUCAUUGCCAACAAAGGGUAUAUAACAAAGUAUUGAGAAACUUUUGUUAUUGACCAAAUACUUAUUUUCCACCAUAAUUUGCAAAUAAAUUCAUUAAAAAUCCUACAAUGUGAUUUUCUGGAUUUUUUUUCCUCAUUUUGUCUGUCAUAGUUGACGUGUACCUAUGAUGAAAAUGACAGGCCUCUCAUCUUUUUAAGUGGGAGAACUUGCACAAUUGGUGGCGGACUAAAUACAUUUUUCCCCCACUGUACAGUGGGGUACCGGUGCGGGGGCACCUGCUAGUUGAGGUAGUUGAAGUAAUAUGUACAUGUGGGUAGAGUUAAAGUGACUAUGCAUAAAUAAUUAACAGAGUAGCAGCAGCGUAAAAAGAUGGGGUGGGGGAGCAGUGCAAAUAGUCCGGGUAGCCAUGAUUAGCUGUUCAGGAGUCUUAUGGCUUGGGGGUAGAAGCUGUUGAGAAGUCUUUUGGACCUAGACUUGGCACUCUGGUACCGCUUGCCGUGCGGUAGCAGAGAGAACAGUCUAUGACUAGGGUGGCUGGAGUCUUUGACAAUUGAGGGCCUUCCUCUGACACCACCUGGUAUAGAGGUCCUGGAUGGCAGGAAGCUUGGCCCCAGUGAUGUACUGGGCCGUACGCACUACCCUCUGUAGUGCCUUGCGGUCGGAGGCCAAGCAGUUGCCAUACCAGGCAGUGAUGCAACCAGUCAGGAUGCUCUCGAUGGUGCAGCUGUAGAAUUUCUUUGAGGAUCUGAGGACCCAUGCCAAAUCUUUUCAGUCUCCUGAGGGGGAAUAGGCUUUGUCGUGCCCUCUUCACAACUGUCUUGGUGUGUUUGGACCAUGAUAGUUCAUUGGUGAUGUGGACACCAAGGAACUUGAAGCUCUCAACCUGUUCCACUACAGCCCCGUCGAUGAGAAUGGGGGCGUACUCGGUCCUCUUUUUUGCCCCUGUAGUCCACAAUCAUCUCCUUUGUCUUGGUCACGUUGAGGGAGAGGUUGUUAUCCUGGCACCACACGGCCAGGUCUCUGACCUCCUCCCUAUAGGCUGUCUCAUCGUUGUCGGUGAUCAGGCCUACCACUGUUGUGUCGUCAGCAAACUUAAUGAUGGUGUUGGAGUCGUGCCUGGCCAUGCAGUCAUGGGUGAACAGGGAGUACAGGAGGGGACUGAGCACGCACCCCUGAGGGGCUCCCGUGUUGAGGAUCAGUGUGGCAGAUGUGUUGUUACCUACCCUUACCACCUGGGGGCGGCCCGUCAGGAAGUCCAGGAUCCAGUUGCAGAGGGAGGUGUUUAGUCCCAGGAUCCUUAGCUAAGUGAUUAGCUUUGAGGGCACUAUGGUGUUGAAUGCUGAGCUGUAGUCAAUGAAUAGCAUUCUCACGUAGGUGUUCCUCUUGUCCAGGUGGGAAAGGGCAGUGUGGAGUGCAAUAGAGAUUGCAUCAUCUGUGGAUCUGUUGGGGCGGUAUGCAAAUUGGAGUGGGUAUAGGGUUGUUGAUGUGAGCCAUGACCAGCCUUUCAAAGCACUUCAUGGCUACAGACGUCAGUGCUACGGGUCGGUAGUCAUUUAGGCAGGUUAUCUUAGAGUCCUUGGGCACGGGGACUAUGGUGGUCUGCUUGAAACAUGUUGGUAUUACAGACUCAGUCAGGGACAUGUUGAAAAUGUCAGUGAAGACACUUGCCAGUUGGUCAGCACAUGCUCGGAGUACACGUCCUGGUAAUCCGUCUGGCCCUGCGGCCUUGUGAAUGUUGACCUGCUUAAAAGUCUUACUCACAUCGGCUACGGAGAGCGUGAUCACAUAGUCAUCCGGAACAGCUGGUGCUCUCAUGCAUGCUUCAGUGUUGCUUGCCUCGAAGCAAGCAUAAAAGGCAUUUAGCUCAUCUGGUAGGCUUGUGUCACUGGGCAGCUCGCGGCUGUGCUUCCCUUUGUAGUCUGUAAUAGUUUUCAAGCCCUGUCACAUCCGACGAGAGUCAGAACCUGUGUAGUAGGAUUAAAUCUUAGUCCUGUAUUGAUGCUUUGCCUGUUUGAUGGUUAGCCUGAGGACAUAGCAGGAUUUCUUAUAAGCGUCCGGAUUAUUGUCCCGCUCCUUGAAAGCGGCAGCUCUAGCCUUUAGCUCAGUGCGGAUGUUGCCUGUAAUCCAUGGCUUCUGGUUGGGAAAUGUACGUACGGUCAAUGUUGGGACAUAAGACACCACACGUGAACUCCCUACCAGUAGCUGAAGUCAUUGGAAAUUCCAAUUCUAGCUAGCAGGAAGUGACACAAGUGGUGGUGAACAAGGGGAACAUGGGAGAUUCUCAUAAAGCUGAAUGACUGCAUUUUUGGAUCUGAGCCUGAACAGCUAUGAAACUAAAGCUAUUUGUUGGGCAACGGGAGGAACAUUGAGUGUUUCCAUGAACUUAUCUUACUCAUCAACAGGCAAGAAUUUUGUAAGAUUACCAGAAAGUAUGACUCAUUUUCACAGUAUUGCUAGAAUAAAUAGGGGAAUUAGGCCUGUGGUCUACAGUGUGAUGAAGUAGGUCUACAGGUGGCCACCACAAGACACUGUAUUGCUCUGCAGCAGUAUGGACCUUAAGACUGCGGAAGCGCUGGAACUCACAUCACAAAUGUUCCAUUCUCAAGCCGCACUGCCAAGCUGGCAAGAGGGAGAGAAUUCUCCCUGCUAGCGUUUGAGAUCUGACAGCGAGGGUCCAUGCAUUACUUAAGACUGUAAUUUUUUUUAUUGCUUGGAAUUCAUUUUACUUCAGAGUGAUACAGAAUCUCUUAUGAAUGGAACAAGUCCACUGGUCUUCCGGUAUACCUCUCAGAUAUGCCUUUUUAAAUUACAGUACAGAACUGACAAUACAGUCUUAAUUGUGACGUACCUAUAGGAUCUUUCUAUAGGGCUUUUAUGUGCUGUUCCAUACAUGCCUCUGUCAAAUAUGUUCAGUAGUUAAACUAUAAACUUUUUCAUCUGCCAAAAUAUCCAAUCAACACAGUGCCAUUGAGAGUUCAUAUUCACUGCACCACAUUCAUCCAGGACUUCAGAUCGUGAACUUGUGACCCCACAUAUUUAGUUGUUUGUUUCCAGUCCUGGGUGAAGUAAUAACUAAUCAGCCGGUAAUCCCCAGAAUGUCCAAAUCUGUAUUUUGGGUUGGCCCAGAGGUCUCUCUCCCUCUCCCCCUGUCAGCGGGCUGGGGAGCGGGUGGGGUCAUGGAGAGCAGAGAACGGAGCACUAGCUAGCCCGCUGUUUGUCUGUCUGACAGGCUGCCUGCCUCCAGCCAGCCCUGGACACACUGUCCCCGUGCCUCUCUCUGGGAUAGGAACAGGGAUGAUAAAGAGAUGGUGUGUUUGGUUAGCGACGCAGAGCGCUAUGUGAAAGCUUACUUUUCAAGGUCUGGGGGUUACCAUGGGGAGGUUGUUAGGCAGGCAUAUGAUUUUAAUUAGUCUCCUCCCCAUCCUCCUGCUCUUUACCUUUCCCUGACCAAACUCUGCAGUGUGUCGACUUGGGUAAAAACAGUAAAUCUCUCGUCCCCUCCUUCCCUCAGCCCUUAUUACUAUAAUACAUGUAGCUAUAAGUCAGGCAGAUUAUUAUUUUUUUCCCCAGGAGUCCUGUGGUUCUGUCUAAAUGGGCCCCAGUCUGAAAGGCAUAACAACCCCCCCCCCCCCCCCCCCCCCCCCCCCUCCCCGGCUAGUCGCACAGGCUCAGUAGCCAGUCACCCAGAACCAAGGGCCAUGCUUGGUCACUAUUGUAAAACAGGUCAGUGAAAUCUGAUGACGGUCUGCAUUUCCGAGCAGACAGAACUGCUUCUCAUAAAUACUUGCUGCUUUCUCUCUCCAGUCUUUCUCUCUGAGCUGGAGUCAAGGAUUGAAGAAAGUGAGUAUAUCAGUCUCUCACAUACAGUUCCUACAUGGGAAAAACUGAGUGCCUGGUAGUACUGUAGCAACAUUCGUUUUUGAUUGCGUUGGUUUAAAAAACAAGAUAAGGUUACUAGGUGAUUUAUCUGAUGAUUUUAGAUAUGAUUUAACAAAGCACACACUCUGUGGAAGGAGUGUCACCAGUUGGCACGGUCUCCAUUUAACUAUUUUAUGUGCCAUUUUAAAAUCACCACUACAGACCGGCAUAUGUACGAUAAAUCAGUUUAAUGGGACAGUCUGCUUACUAUGAUUUAUUUAAUGAAAGUAAUGGUAGCUUCCAUACCUAAAGAGCAACUUAAAAACACUUACAGGUCCUGAGUGUUACCAAACUGGCACUUUUAAAAAGCUAUGCACCAGAUGUGCUGCCUUUUUUUUAUAAAUCUGCCAUCCACUCAAAUCAAAUAUCUAUUUGCUGCAGACACGAGGCCAUAGAACUGCAUAUUAUGGAAAAGUCUUCCAAAUAGAGUAAUCUCGGCAUUCAACUGAGACAUAAAUGUGUGUGCCAGGGAUUUGAAGCAGACUUUACUCUCUCUCUCUCUCGGCCUCCCUAGCUACAUCAGUUAAUGUCAAAAUUGCCACUCUAUACGGGCAACAUCCAAAUAUGUUUGUUCAUUUACCGUGCUUGAAUACAGUAAAUAAUCACGGAAGUUAUCUGCACUCACUCUCAUGAGGGUUUGGUGUAGCCAAAGUGUUUGCCAAGCAGCCCUGUCACAUUUCCUCUUGGUGAGCUCGCUCAGGGCUCUGUGGCUUCUAUUGUAACUGUCUGAGGGAGGCGCUGGAAUCCAUCCACACGUCAUGUUUACACAUUAAAGAAGUCGUAAAAGGCCAAGUUUUCACUGUCAUGCCAUUGCAGGAACACUUGGUAAUACAAUGCACUCUUAUUAUUUUUCUCUCCCUCUCUUGUACUCUUGUUGCCCAGACCUGAAAAUGAAAGUCUUGCGGGUACAAUUACUGAUGGUUAUCAUUGGAAUAAGAGGAAGGGGAGGGGUUGGAGGACUGCAGAGGGGGAGGGAUUGGAGGACUGGUGGCUCAGCUACAGCUACACUCUUCUCUGGUAGUCCUCUCCUUGUCACCCCCUCUAGGAGCUGCUUGUCUGGGCUGGAGAGAGGGGAGCGGGCUUGGAUAUAUGGCCCAAGCCCAGGGUUGGCGACGCAGCUUGGGGUGGGGUAUAGCGUCCAGGGCUCGGCAGAGUGGUGAUUUUAGAGAUGGCGUGGGUGGUCCGGACCAGCCAGGGAACAAGGACCAGGCCACAUCUGCUGAGAUGAGACUGGGGUCCUGCUGCCAGCCUGGAGAGUCUGAACCUCUGCUUCCUGGGGCCAACCAGCGACGUUACCCACCACUCAACACACACAUGCGUUAAUCAAUGGUCUGGCUGGCUGUGUGGGAUGACAACUAUGUCUUGCACAACCAUUUAAACAAGUCACUUGACAUAUUUACAGAGGAUUUACAGAGGAUUUUUGAUUGUGUGCAGCCCACAAUCGCCAUUAAGUCACUAUCUUUUGUUUGACAGACAGUCAUACCACUAAAACCAGCUGUUAGAAAAGUGAUAACAUCAACAAAAGAUUGCAAUCCAUCUUUAUCUGUAGCUUGGAGAGAUGAACACGCAUGUAGCACUCACUACACUAGAUUAUCAGUGUAGUGUGUGGAAGUCUGUAUCUGCAGAAGUAAACAUUGAAAUAUUUGGUUACGUCGUUGUAUAGUUUGUGCAGGUCCUUGCUAAAAAAAAUGGACCUCUGUGCAAACAGUCACCUUCAUGCCUUGGAGAUGAUGUAAUUCAUGUUUCCAUAAAUAAUGUUAGGUAACAAACAAGCAGACUAUGACAGAUUAUAGAAUGAGCUAGAAGAAACAACCAUACUUUUCUUAAUGGCUCCUCUGUUCUCUAUCUCCAGAAUUUCCGACCCAUCAGCUCCGGACCAAUCACCGGUGGAUACACCAGUGGCUACAGCAGCGGGUACAACAGCAGUGGUUACAGCCGAAAACCCUCCUACAUUUCCGAGCCGCCGCACCUCAACAACGGCACCUCCAAGCAGUACAACAACCCAGCCGGCCUGUACGCGCACAACAAUGGCAACAACGGAGACAGAGACAGGGUCUUACCAAAACAAAUGGGCGGCCUGAGCCUGAGCUCCCCACACAGGUGAGGCAUGGCGGCCAUGCGGAGUGGAAAAGCCAUUUUGUUAUCGUGUGGCCUCUCAGAUGUUUGAUAAAUGUAUGUGUUCUCCCAGAGUAGAACCUCUGCAGUAGUUUCAAGAUGUCCUGGUAUAUUCACCACGUCAAUGUGAGGACCACAUAUGAAGUGUUGUAUAAUUUGUUAAUCUUACAGUAUCUUCUGGGAUUUGUACUUUGUUAAACUGAAUUUUAUUUUUACCCUAAAAAUAAAUCUUGUCACAGCAUUUACGAAUUAAAUCUAUAAACAAUGCAACAUUUAGUGGAGACAUUUCAGUCACAGAAGCUGUUAGUCACACUAAACUAAAAACAACUUAAUUUAUCUCUUUCAGCCCUGAGCCUCCGAUGCAUUCUCCUCUGGGCCGUAAUGGGAACGCUCAUAGUUUUGAAGUCACCACAGAGUCAGACGUGUACAAGAUGCUGCAGGACCCGGAGGAGCCAGUCUCUGCACCCAAACAGUCCGGCUCCUUCAAAUACCUACAGGGCAUACUGGAGGCAGAGGAUGGAGGUACCCUCAUUUGUGGCUCUAUAUGACUGUCUGUUUAUUUAGCUGUUUGUAUAUGCCAUUCACUCUACAGUUGUAUUUAAUUAUUUAUUUAUUUAUUUAUUUAUAUAUAAAAUACACACACACACACACACACACACACACACACACACACACACACACACACUCUCUCUCUCUACCGGUCAAAAGUUUUAGAACACCUACUCAUUCAAGGAUUUUUCUUAUUUAAAAAAAACUAUUUUCUACAUUGUAGAAUGAUAGUGAAGACAUCAAAACUAUGAAAUAACACAUAUGGAAUCAUGUAGUAACCAAACAAGUGUUAAAGAAAUUAAAAUAUAUUUUAUAUUUGAGAUUCUUCAAAUAGCCACCAUUUGCCUUGAUGACAGCUUUGCACACUCUUGGCAUUCUCUCAACCAGCUUCACCUGGAAUGCUUUUCCAACAGUCUUUAAGGAGUUCCCACAUAUGCUGAGCACUUGUUGGCUGCUUUUCCUUCACUCUGCGGUCCGACUCAUCCCAAACCAUCUCAAUUUGGUUGAGGUCGGGGGAUUGUGGAGGCCAGGUCAUCUGAUGCAGCACUCAUCACUUUCCUUCUUGGUAAAAUAGCCCUUACACAGCCUGGAGGUAUGUUGGGUCAUUGUCCUGUUGAAAAACAAAUGAUAGUCCCACUAAGCCCAAACCAGAUGGGAUGGCGUAUCGCUGCAGAAUGCUGUGGUAGCCAUGCUGGUUAAGUGUGCCUUGACUUCUAAAUAAAUCACAGACUGUGUCACCAGCAAAGCACCCCCACACCAUAACACCACCUCCAUGCUUCACGGUGGGAAAUACACAUGCGGAGAUCAUCCGUUCACCCACACUGCGUCUCACAAAGACACAGCGGUUGGAACCAAAAAUCUCAAAUUUGGACUCCAGACCAAAGGACACAUUUCCACCUGUCUAAUGUCCAUUGCUCGUGUUUCUUGGCCCAAGCAAGUCUCUUCUUCUUAUCGGUGUCCUUUAGUAGUGGUUUCUUUGCAGCAAUUUGACCAUGAAGGCCUGAUUCACACAGUCCCCUCUGAACAGUUGAUGUUGAGAUGUGUCUGUCACUUGAACUCUAUGAAGCAAUUAUUUGGGCUGCAAUUUCUGAGGCUGGUAACUCUAAUGAACUUAUCCUCUGCAGCAGAGGUAAGUCUGGGUCUUCCAUUCCUGUGGCGGUCCUCAUGAGAGCCAGUUUUAUCAUACCGCUUGAUGGUUUUUGCGACUGCACUUGAAGAAACGUUCAAAGUUCUUGAAAUUUUCCGUAUUGACCUUCCGUAAUAUCCAAGAUUGCGUAGCAGUGCGGUCGUGUACUCUGCGUGUCAGUAAAUAGCCUGUUUUCUUUUCUUUUUUUUAUGUUUACAUAUACAUGUACAUAUUUCCCUAUCACACUUUUCAUCCUUCUACUAAAUAUACACUGCUCAAAAAAUAAAGGGAACACUUAAACAACACAAUGUAACUCCAAGUCAAUCACACUUCUGUGAAAUCACUGUCCACUUAGGAAGCAACACUGAUUUGACAAUAAAUGUCACAUGCUGUUGUGCAAAUGGAAUAGACAACAGGUGGAAAUUAUAGGCAAUUAGCAAGACACCCCCAAUAAAGGACUGGUUUUGCAGGUGGUGACCACAGACCACUUCUCAGUUCCUAUGCUUCCUGGCUGAUGUUUUGGUCACUUUUGAAUGUUGGCGGUGCUUUCACUCUAGUGGUAGCAUGAGACUGAGUCUACAACCCACACAAGUGGCUCAGGUAGUGCAGCUCAUCCAGGAUGGCACAUCAAUGCGAGCUGUGGCAAGAAGGUUUGCUGUGUCUGUCAGCGUAGUGUCCAGAGCAUGGAGGCGCUACCAGGAGACAGGCCAGUACAUCAGGAGACGUGGAGGAGGCCGUAGGAGGGCAACAACCCAGCAGCAGGACUGCUUCUCCGCCUUUGUGCAAGGAGGAGCAGGAGGAGCACUGCCAGAGCCCUGCAAAAUGACCUCCAGCAGGCCACAAAUGUGCAUGUGUCUGCUCAAACGGUCAGAAACAGACUCCAUGAGGGCCCGACGUCCACAGGUGGGGGUUGUGCUUACAGCCCAACACCGUGCAGGACGUUUGGCAUUUGCCAGAGAACACCAAGAUUGGCAAAUUCGCCACUGGCGCCCUGUGCUCUUCACAGAUGAAAGCAGGUUCACACUGAGCACAUGUGACAGAGUCUGGAGACGCCGUGGAGAACGUUCUGCUGCCUGCAACAUCCUCCAGCAUGACCGGUUUGGCGGUGGGUCAGUCAUGGUGUGGGGUGGCAUUUCUUUGGGGGGCCGCACAGCCCUCCAUGUGCUCGCCAGAGGUAGCCUGACUGCCAUUAGGUACCGGGAUGAGAUCCUCAGACCCCUUGUGAGACCAUAUGCUGGUACGGUUGGCCCUGGGUUCCUCCUAAUGCAAGACAAUGCUAGACCUCAUGUGGCUGGAGUGUGUCAGCAGUUCCUGCAAGAGGAAGGCAUUGAUGCUAUGGACUGGCCCGCCCGUUCCCCAGACCUGAAUCCAAUUGAGCACAUCUGGGACAUCAUGUCUCGCUCCAUCCAUGCUUUAGUCCAGGUCUGGGAGGAGAUCCCUCAGGAGACCAUCCGCCAUCUCAUCAGGAGCAUGCCCAGGCGUUGUAGGGAGGUCAUACAGGCACGUGGCGGCCACACACACUACUGAGCCUCAUUUUGACUUGUUUUAAGGACAUUACAUCAAAGUUGGAUCAGCUUGUAGUGUGGUUUUACACUUUAAUUUUGAGGGUGACUCCAAAUCCAGACCUCCAUGGGUUGAUAAAUUUGAUUUCCAUUGAUAAUUUUUGUGAUUUUGUUGUCAGCACAUUCAACUCUGUAAAGAAAUAAGUCUUUAAUAAGAUUAUUUCAUUCAUUCAGAUCUAGGAUGUGUUAUUUUAGUGUUCCCUUUAUUUUUUUGAGCAGUGUACUUUCCUGCAACCCGCCUCACUCGAUGUGGAACGGAUUCUAUUAUUGACUUACCUUUUAUCUAGAAUCUCCAGUUGAAACUAGCUAGCCAGCUAACUAGCUACUUGCUAUUAGCCACCGUUAGCGGUUUUCACCCAGAACAUCGGAUUUUCUGCCGGAAUAACUGAAUCACUGGACCUUUUAACUCCGGAUCAUUGCAACUAGCUAGCUGCAAACGAAUGGAUGUUGCUGUUGGCUAAUCACCACUGCCCCCAACGCAAGCACCAGUUAGCCUUGAGCUAGCCUCGAGCCAGGCCCAUAUCCCGGCUAUCUACCCCUCUGUCUACCGGACGGGAGUAGCCAGCUAACUAGCUACUUGCUAUUAGCCACCGUUAGCGGUUUUUCACCAUUGUCUGUGGCCUGCACUACCUACCAGCCAGCUCUAGCCUGGACUAUUAUCGGCCAGUCUGCACUGUCUGCACAGCGCGUUAUCGACCCAGAACAUAUCAGUUUUUCUGCCGGAAUCACUGAAUCACUGGACCUUUUAACUCCGGAUCAUCGCAACUAGCUAGCUGCAACCAAAUUGAUGUUGUUGGCUAAUCAGUCUUGAGCUAGCCUCGAGUCAGGCCCAUCUCCCGGCUAUCUACCUCUGUCAACCGGACGGGACCUCCUAGAGUUGACACGGAGCCCCGCCGAUCCAUCACGACUGGUCUGCCGAUGUAAUCGUCUGUGGUUUCAACAGGCUUCCCAUUGCUACGACCACGAAGAUCCAUCUGCUAGCCCCGGCCCGCUAGCACACGCAAAGAACAGCCGUGCUUCCUGCUAGCCUGUGCUGUAGCACCAAUUCGAACUGCUCUCGGACUCACAUUUUGCUGUUCACUGGACCUUAUGAUCACUCAGCUGCACAGCUGAUGCCUGCUGGACUAUUCCUUUACACGGUACCCUGUCCUGUUUAUCUGUUUAGCCUCAGCCCAAACUUUCAUUGCCAUUACCAGUUGUUGCCUUAACUUUCUCGAAUAACACCUGUGAUUGCUUUAUGCCUCUCUCCCAUGUCAAUAUGCCUUGCCUAUUGCUGUUCCAGUUAUUUCUUAUUAUACAAUUUCACUGUAAAGCCCCAAGUCCCUCUCAAACUGCCUCAAAUAGCUCCUUUGUUCCACCCCCCAUACACGCGGAGACCGGCUCAAUCGGUGCCUCCAGUGAUGCUAUCUCUUUCAUUGUUACCCAACGCUUAGGUUUACCUCCACUGUACUCAUAUCCUUCCAUAUCCUUGUCUGUACAUAAUGCUCUGAAUCUAUUCUACAACGCCCGGAAAUCUGCCCCCUUUACUCUCUGUACCCAACGCACUAGAAGACCAGUUCUUAAAGCCUUUAGCCGUAUCCUUAUUCUAGUCCUCCUCUGUUCCUCUGGUGAUGUAGAGGUUAACCCAGGCCCUGCAGCCCCCACUAUCACUCCUACUCCCCAGGAGCUUUCAUUUGUUGACUUCUGUAACCAUAAAAGCAUUGGUUUUUUGCAUGUUAACAUCAGAAGCCUCCUCCCUAAGUUUGAGUUAUUCACUGCGUUAGCACACUCCGCCAACCCUGAUGUUCUAGCAGUGUCUGAAUCCUUGCUUAGGAAGGCCACCAAAAAUUCUGAAAUGUCCAUCCCAAACUACAACAUUUUCCGUCUAGAUAGAACUGCCAAAGGGGGUGGAGUUGCAAUCUACUGUAGAGAGCCUGCAGAGCUCUAUCAUACUAUCCAGGUCUGUGCCCAAACAGUUUGAGCUCCUACUUCUAAAAAUCCACCUUUCCAGAAAUAAGUCUCUCACUGUUGCCGCUUGCUACAGACCCCCCUCAGCCCCCAGCUGUGCCCUGGAAACCAUAUGUGAAUUGAUUGCCCCCCAUAUAUCCUCAGAGUUCGUACUGCUUGGUGACCUAAACGGGGAUAUGCUUAACACCCCGGCCACCCUACAAUCCAAACUAGAUGCCCUCAAUCUCACACAAAUUAUCAAGGAACCUACCAGGUACAACCCUAAAUCCGUAAACAUGGGCACCCUUAUAGAUAUCAUCCUGACUAACUUACCCUCUAAAUACACCUCCACUGUCUUCAACCAGGAUCUCAGUGAUCACUGCCUUAUUGCCUGUGUCCGUAACGGGUCCGCGGUCAAAUGACCACCCCUCAUCACUGUCAAACGCUCCCUAAAACACUUCAGCGAGCAGGCCUUCCUAACUGACCUGGCACAGGAUCGGGUCACCGCCUUGAUGUUAGCGGAGAACGACAGGGUGUUGUCCAGGGUCAUGCCAAGGCUCUUCGCACUCUGGGAGGAGGACACAACGGAGUUGUCAACCGUGAUGGCGAGAUCAUGGAACGGGCAGUCCUUCCCCGGGAGGAAGAGCAGCUCCGUCUUGCCAAGGUUCAGCUUGAGGUGGUGAUCCGUCAUCCAUACUGAUAUGUCUGCCAGAGAUGCGAUUCGCCACCUGGUUAUCAGAAGGGGGAAACACAAACACUGCUUUGCUUUAUCUUGGCCAGGUCGCAGUUGUAAAUGAGAACUUGUUCUCAACUGGCUUACCUGGUUAAAUAAAAAAUGUCUUAAAGUAAUUAUGGACUGUCAUUUCUCUUUGCUUAAUUGAGCUGUUCUUGCCUUAAUAGGGCUAUCUUCUGUGUAUCCCCCCCCCACCCACCACCACCUUGUCACGACACAACUGAUUGGCUCAAACGCAUUAAGAAGGAAAGAAAUUCCACUAAUUAACUUUUAACAAGGCACACCUGUUAAUUGAAACGCAUUCCAGGUGACUACCUCAUGAAGCUGGUUGAGAGAAUGCCAAGAGUGUGCAAAGCUGUCAUCAAGGCAAAGAGUGGCUAUUUGAAGAAUCUCAAAUAUAAAUUAUUUUGAUUUGUUGAACACUUUUUUUUGGUUACUACAUGAUUCCAUAUGUGUUAUUUCAUAGUUUUUAUGUCUUCACUAUUAUUCUACAAUGUAGAAAAUAGUAAAAAUAAAAACCCUUGAAUGAGUAGGUGUGUUCAUACUUUUGACUGGUACUGUAUGUACUCAUGUAUGUUUAUGUACGCUAGAUAUGUUUGUAUAUUUGAGCUAAAUAGUUUCCUCGAAGUGGAGCGUGUGAUUAAUUCCAGACACAGGAGUGUGUGUGUGGCAAAACAACCUGAGAAAUUACUUCCUGGUGUGUAUUUUGAACUGUUUUCACAUUCCAAAAAGUAGGCCUAGGCUCUCUGAAGUCCUUAGGAGUCAUGUGAUAUUUUAGGAUCAGCCUCUUACCUCAUGGCCAGGCCCUAGCUCCUCACGGAGAACCCAAACAGACUAGAUAAUCCAUAGGAACCAGACAUGCUGUCUGUCAGAGCGCCCUGAGAAGAUUUUGGAUUAACUCCAGGCCAUGUUUUUCUUUGAAUUUGGCGCUAAUCACUUGCAGGUGUUACAGGGGAUUAAGGAAGAGAGAACUCAAUAAUGGUUUCAACAUAAUUAGAUUAAAUGGCACCAGGACGAUUCACCUGCUGCACAGUUAUUUUUUUCACGACCACAAAAGGCGUCAUUGACACUGGGUUAAGCUGCUGGUAAGCUGCUGACACACCUUGGGGUUUACUCUAGACUCUUCCCUGAAUCUCUGUCUGUGCUUGUUGCUCUCGUCUGGAAAUCAUUGCUUUAUGUUCUGCUGAAGGAGUUUCUACGAUUUUUUUCCAGCUCAGAGUUGACGUUUAGACAGAGAGGAGCAUUUUGACUGUGUGUGAUAUUUUCAUCCUUUAAUAAAAAUAAUACGUUCCUGUUUUGAAAAUGUUGGCAUCCCUGGGAUUUCCAGGGAGAGCAAACGAGUUGGUAUGUUUGAGCCCCACAGUCUCUGUCACCAUCUGUGGUGUCAGACCGGGUGGAGAGGAGACGAUGGCGUGACAGAUUGGUAUAGCCAGGGAGUUCACUCUAAUAAUAAACACAAUCACUGAGGAAUCCGGCACUUAUAGUGACAUACUGUAUAAUAGUCAGACAGACAUAGGAGGGAAGCCAUCAUAUAUUUACUUUACUUUACUUUUGAGGAUGCAGAUGUGACACACGUUGUACCGCCUGUAGUUCAAAAAUAAACAAGUCAACUCUGAAGUCUCCGCCAACCCCCUGUGUAGGAGUGUAACCUUUUUGAAGUUGUUAAAAAUAAGAAAUAUAGACCGGGUUACAUCAUGUUGAUUUUGUUUCUGUUUAUCCAGAAAUGUGACUCCCAUUAGCCACUGCAGGUAGCCACUAUCUGGUUUAUUAAAAGCUGCUCUAAUAACUAAGAUGAAUAGUUGGAAAGUCACUUUCUUUAGUGGACAGGGCACCGGAUCUACAACUUGGGGGGAUCACAGGCUAUGAACUCUAUUCAUUAAGACUUCUUAGUAGACAUCAUUCCUACAGAUAUAGGAUCCUAAUAUGACCUAUAUUGUCAUAGCAAAAUAAUCCUGCAGCAACAUAAUGUUGCUUGAUCGGUGGUUAGGCUAUUAGCUGGCCAAAAGUAGGCUAUGUAAAGUGCAAUGCUGUUACUAUAACUGUGUGUUAGUGUGGGUUUUCAGUGAAUUUAUGUAAAUCACAACGCUCAUCUUCAUUUCCUGCGGUGCAGGAACAUUCUCAGUAACAAAAUAGUGAUCAAAUGAAGAUCCUACAUCUGUAUGUUACUUCCCCUCUCCUAUGAAGCUUAUGGAUGUGAGUUUCACAGGGGGCAGCUCUCCAUGUCUGCUUGAUAAGACGGUUGUCUGAGACAUGAAGCGUAUCUGUCAAAUGACGCUAGCACUGCUUAGUGGCUCUGUACACUGUACAAGUCUUAUGAUUAAACCUCCCUCCCACUUGUGAGCAUCCCAUGACGAGUGCAAUGAUGACUAAAGGCGUAAUAGACCAAUUAUUAUGGCAAAAACAGACCCUGUUGUUAGUCAAACCUCUUAAAGUCACAGAGCAUUAGUGAAGUGAUGGAAACUUCUUUGUCAAGUACCAGGUACUUCACCAGUAUGGUGGGUAGGCCAUGCCAGAGCCAGGGGCAGUGGCAUGCUGGGUUAAUGGGGCCUGUUGGCACCUCAUCACUCCGUGGUUCAGAGAGAGUGUGAUUGUAGCACUCUGGUGUGAUGGUCUGCUCCUUAAUAUGGAAUGUUUGCUCUGCCAGGCAGCUGCCGCUUUCAUCUCCUAAUUGAUGUGUUCCUGCUGUGUGUCAGGUCCUGGCAUCGGCCCUGGCAUCCCUGAUAUGUGAACGGAGGGUGAGCGAUGAGGGGGUGGGGGGUGUGUGAGAAGUAGAGAUGGGUGGAGAGAGGGGUAUAGAGGGGGAGAGUGAAUGAAGAGAUGGGGAAGAAAGAGGUAGAGGCUGGCGGUGUGAGUGCCACUCUGGCCUUCUGUCUGUAUCCCUUCCAUACCCUCCGAGGGUAACACAAAGGGAGGGAAGUGGUAGCUGAGGAGUGAUGUCUCUGUGGUGGACGGGAGCUGACCUUGGUGCCUCCCUGAGCCAAGUGUGAACACCCUUAAUUCUUCAUUUUACAUUUACAUUUUAGUCAUUUAGCAGACGCUCUUAUCCAGAGCGACUUACAGUUAGUGAAUUUUUUUUUUUUUUUUUAUAUACUGGCCCCCCGUGGGAAUCAAACCCACAACCCUGGCGUUGCAAACGCCAUGUUCUAUCAACUGAGCUACAUCCCUGCCGGCCAUUCCCUCCCCUACCCCGGACGACGCUGGGCCAAUUGUGCGCCGCCCAUGAGUCUCCCGGUCGCGGCCGGCUGCGACAGAGCCUGGAUUCGAACCAGGAUCUCUAGUGGCACAGUUAGCACUGCGAUGCAGUGCCUUAGACCACUGCGCCACUCAGGAGCCAUCCUUUAACUCAUGGCUGACCACUGCCUUCUGAGCUGUCAUAUACUGGUGUAGGGUGAAGUUGCCCCUGGACUCUGAUCUUGGGUAAAUGUCAUCUUCCCCAACUAAUAGUCUAGGAUUGGGGGAGGGGAAGCUGAUCCUAGAUCUGUACCUAGGCGAAACUUCACCCCGUAGCCUCAUACAGUACCUGGAACAUUACCUUAAUUACCUUCACCCCGUAGCCUCAUACAGUACCUGGAACAUUACCUUAAUUACCUUCACCCCGUAGCCUCAUACAGUACCUGGAACAUUACCUUAAUUACCUUCACCCCGUAGCCUCAUACAGUACCUGGAACAUUACCUUAAUUACCUUCACCCCGUAGCCUCAUACAGUACCUGGAACAUUACCUUAAUUACCUUCACCCCGUAGCCUCAUACAGUACCUGGAACAUUACCUUAAUUAACUUCACCCCGUAGCCUCAUACAGUACCUGGAACAUUACCUUAAUUACCUUCACCCCGUAGCCUCAUACAGUACCUGGAACAUUACCUUAAUUACCUUCACCCCGUAGCCUCAUACAGUACCUGGAACAUUACCUUAAUUACCUUCACCCCGUAGCCUCAUACAGUACCUGGAACAUUACCUUAAUUACCUUCACCCCGUAGCCUCAUACAGUACCUGGAACAUUACCUUAAUUACCUUCACCCCGUAGCCUCAUACAGUACCUGGAACAUUACCUUAAUUACCUUCACCCCGUAGCCUCAUACAUUACCUGGAACAUUACCUUAAUUAACUUCACCCCGUAGCCUCAUACAGUACCUGGAACAUUACCUUAAUUACCUUCACCCCUUAGCCUCAUACAUUACUUGGAACAUUACCUUAAUUACCUUCACCCCUUAGCCUCAUACAUUACUUGGAACAUUACCUUAAUUACCUUCACCCCUUAGCCUCAUACAUUACUUGGAACAUUACCUUAAUUACCUUCACCCCUUAGCCUCAUACAGUACCUGGAACUCUGCUGGUCUUAACUGAGGUGUUUUCUUUGUCCACAGGUGUGUCCCCCACUGACAGGUCUGGAGUGAGAGGCCUAAGGUCCCCAGUUCAAUCCCCAGUCCCUAAAUUGGGCAGCCCCAUUCCCGGCCCCAUGGGCCCGAUGCCUGGCCUACAGAAACUUCCCCAGUGCACGCGCUGUGGCAACGGCAUAGUGUGAGUCAUUCAAAUCAAAUUUUAUUUGUCACAUACACGUGUUUAGCAGAUGUUAUAGCGGGUCUAGCGAAAUGCUUGUGCUUCUAGCUCCGACAGUGCAGUAAUAUCUAACCAUUUUCCAACAUAUACACACAAAACUAGUAAGGAAUGGAAUUUAAGAAAAAUAUACAUGUAUGGACAAGCAAUGACAGAGCGGCAUGGACUAAGAUACAGUAGAAUAGUAUAGAAUGCAGUAAAUACAUAUGAGAUGAGUAAUGCAAGAUAGAACCAAGAGGAUAACAACGAUGCUGCAGACUAGGUGUGCAUCCCAAAUAGCACCCUUUUCCCUCUAGUGUGCUACUUUUGACCAGAGACUACAUAGGGGAUAGGGUGCUAUUUGGGAUGCAGUUUAGUCCCGCUCCAACAGGUCUAAGCUAAUAAGAGGGAAAACGAUGUCCCAUAUAUCACUUUAAAUAAUUCAACCUCUGCGCCACGCCCUAUCCUCCUCAGGAACCCAGACGUGCUGGUAAUCCCCACACUGCUCUAGCACCAUGGAUAAACAGUGAUGCAAUUUGAACAUGACUGUUGUGGAGGCUUAGCUCAAUGGAUCUGUUGUGUAGAGUGUUUACACGGGGUUUUAGGCAGGGCACUAAAGAAUGUACCUACUGUUAAAGCAGUAGUGGGUAGGAUAAAGGGCUGGAUACAGGGGACAUUCAAAUUCAAAGAGUUAUGGCUGUUUUUGAAGCUAUUUAAUACUUAUUGGUUAUGCAAAUACUCACAUCCAUGAAUGGCAUACUUGUAACUUAAAUACACAGUGACAUACUUAAAUAUGCAAAUUAAUGAUAUUCAAAUAGCUCUUAAUUGCUUCUCAAUAAUUAAAGAAAUUAUCUUUAACAUUUCACUAACGUAGGCACUUUGUGACAACUGCUGAUGUAAAAAGGGCUAUAUGAAAUGCAUUUGAUUGACUAAUAACAUGGUCUGUAUAGGGGCACCAUCGUGAAGGCCAGAGACAAACUGUACCACACAGAGUGCUUCAUGUGUGACGACUGCGGCCUGAACCUCAAGCAGAAGGGCUACUUCUUCAUUGAGGAGAACCUGUACUGUGAGACCCACGCCAUGGCCCGUGUCCAGCCUCCUGAGGGAUAUGACGUGGUUGCAGUCUACCCCAACUCCAAGGUUGAACUGGUCUGAGCUGGACAGACUUUAAACACAACCCUUCUGUCUUAACCACAGCUCCCAGCAGGUAGCAAGGUCUUCUAUUUCCAAUCCAAUACACUACAUGUCUAAGCUGUCGCCGGAAAAGAUGUCAGUUGAGAGUGGGAUACUGGAGAGUGGUGUGCAGAGGUUUCUAGUCUCUCUUUAGCUCUUUCCCACAUACUGUACAGCAUACUAUUACUAUUUCUGACGGACUUUACAUUUUUACCCCUGCUGAGUAAAAAAACAAUGUGAGGGCUUUUCUUUGUGUCAAUAGCACCUUUAGAUCUUGUUGAAACAUAAGCAAUAUGCAACCGAAUGACAUCUCACAUCUGGGGGUGGUUUUCUAUUUUUAACCCUGCUGACUAAAAUGCAGUUAGUGGAAUGGAAUUAGGGUCAAGCACCUGACUGUGACUGGAAUUUAACUUUCAAUGCUUCUCACGGUUUCUACAGUUAAAGAACCCCAGCUUCAUUACAUCUGGUGAAGUACAUUCCAGUGCCACACGAGAAAGCCGUUUGUCUCUCCCACUGUAGCAGCUUUUAAAAAGCUGUGGGGAGCAGAGACGCAAGGACAUGGAAAACAAUGAAAUCCAG